AUGAACUUUGACAAGGACAACGUUUCGGACCGUGUCCUGAAGAAGAUCGGGAGUUACUGCUCCCAGUCAGACUUCCAGCCAGACAUCAUUGGGCGUGUGUCAGGGGCCGCUAAGUCACUGUGUAUGUGGGUCAGGGCCAUGGAGGUGUAUGGACGCGUUUACAGAGUAGUGGAACCCAAGAAACAGAGACUGAACACCGCCAUGUCACAGCUCAAGGAGAAACAGGACGCACUGGCUGACGCUAAAGCCAAGCUCGCUGAGGUUGAAGCAAAGAUGGCUGAGUUGAAACAGCAGUAUGACGAGACGCUCGCUCAGAAGGAGGAGCUCAAGAGGAAGGCCAAGUACACUGAGCUCAUGUUGGAACGAGCCACCAAACUCAUGUCUGGACUGGCCGGUGAGAAGGAGCGCUGGCAGGAGACUGUCAAGGUUUAA